GAAGUGCGUGCGGCGGAAAACGCCAUUUUGACUCGCUGUGUGUGGCGUUCGGUGCGAAUUAUUCGUGUUUUCGGCGUACCCACGCUUGAUAAUCGUGGAGAAUACGCCUGUAUGAAUAACGAACCUAAACGCACUUUAUCUGGCAUUUACAAACCGCAUUUGUAAUUCUUACGCGAUCGCGUCGUAAAAACAGUGCCUGUUUGGGCAUAGAAUGAGUGAUAGGCAGUUAAGUCGAUCUCCGCCGAAUCACCACAACCAUCUUCAAAUGAACGACGGCGACCGGGACCGAGAAAGGGAUCGCGACAGGUCGCCGCAUCAUGAUAGACGCGACGAAUCGCCGCGUGGUCACAAAGUAAAGCGCGACCGAAGCCCGAGUCGCGGGAGUAAUUAUCGUGACGAUCGUGAUCGGGAUCGUCGCGAUCGACGUGAUGGUGGACGAGAUGACCGCGACAGAUAUAGGGAAAGCAGAAGAUACAGAUCAAGAAGCCGAUCGCGGUCUGAUAAGCACUACAAAGUGUCGCGUUAUUCACGCUCUCGUUCACGUUCAUACGGCGGGCGCCGUUCACCAUCCCACAGCCCGAUGUCUUCACGACGGCGGCAUAUAGGCCCCCGUGAUAAUCCCAAACCUUCUGGGUGUCUGGGAGUCUUUGGUCUUAGCGUGUAUACUACCGAGGUUGAGUUGUAUCACAUCUUUUCCAAGUAUGGACCUGUUGAAAGAGUACAAGUUGUUUUAGAUGCUAAGACUGGAAAAUCGCGUGGAUUCUCAUUCGUGUACUUCGAGAGCUCCGAGGAUGCGAAGGUGGCCAAAGAGGAAUGCACCGGGAUGAAGAUCAAUGGCAAGAACAUUCGCGUGGACUUCUCCAUCACACAGCGGGCGCACACGCCCACACCGGGAAUGUACCUAGGCAAACCCACUUAUGUACCAACAUCCAAGUGGGAUAGGAGUCGUGGACGUGAUAGAGGAGAGCGUGAACGUGAAAGAGAUGAUCAUCCGCGUAAAUAUCGACGCACACCCUCGCCACACUACCGCCGCGGUCGACGUUACGAACGCACGCGCUCGCGUUCCUACUCACCACGUAAGUUCCACUAAAAACUAAUAAUCUUCACCCAAAUCACACUCUGUCAAACCAACAACAAACAAAUUGUGAUCAUCAAUCUCCAUCUCAACAAAAAACAAUCAAUCGAAUGAGACAUCUCCGCAACACUCUCGUGGAUUGCGCAUCAGGUUCUUGCUCUCAGUGCGCAUCGGAUGGUUUUAUUUUAUAUCUAUUCUGAAACCACCAACUCUCUCUCUCCACCCACUCUGAUUUGAUUUAAUUAUAUUUAAUACCUGUUGUCUUAAUCCUGCAGGUCAUUAUUAACUCACACACACUCUACUACUGUCGUUCGUUGCGUUUGGGGGUCUCGAGUUUCCGUUCUGACUUCGCGAUUAUAUCGCGCACAAAUCAAUUGCCACCCCCUUUGCACUCGAAUGCGAACCGAUUCGAGCGUUAUAAUUAUUAUUAUUAUUAUUACGAUAUGCAACUGCAAAUACAAUAUGACAAGGAGUUUUGAAUAAUUUACUAUCAAAUGAUUUCCAAUCGAUGGUGGACGACGUAAAAAAUUAUAGCUUUGCCUAAUGAAUAAAUAAGUGAUAAGACGAGUGGACGUCAGCCGGAGUGGUGUACUUGUUUCAUUUCGAAAUCGCGAUUUCGCAAUCAUUUCUCUUUUUUUAAUUGUAAUAAUCAACGCUUAGCUUUGGUGUUUCACAGGUAGGCGUUGAUUAUGGUUGUUUUGAAAACUUUGAAUUAGAGCGUUGUGAAACACUGAGUAAAUGUGUAAGAGAAAAAAAAGCUGUGGACGGUAACGUAUGCGACUACAUGGACACGUUUGGCACUAAUGUAUUGUUUUUCGUUUGUUUUUGGAAAAGGGUUAAGAAAACGAGGUAUUGGAUGAAGUAGAUUAUUCUCUCUGAAUGCGAAACGAUCAGGCUCUCAAUCACUCGGUGUGGUGUGGUGUGGUGUCGGGUGGCAAGUAAUAUGUGCGAAGAAGUGCCGAAGACACACCGCCACACGCGGGCGCACGAAGCGGAGCACUAAAUAUUAGACUCUUCAAGUCUUUUCUUCUUCGCGCCCACCGGCUGCCCGCCCCGCCUUCACACGCCCCUGCCUCUCAAAUCACAAUUCAAAUCACGAAAAAUUCGAUUGCUCUUUGCGACCCCAAUACAAAUUCAGAAGAAUAUCUCUACCGUUCAAGUGCAAGUAGACUCAAUGCAAGAAGACACACUGUGUGCGAAGAACGCGAGCGUUUAAAGAGAGAAAAAAGAAAACGAAGCGCUGAUAUGCUUAUAUCUUGAUUUUGAUGUAAUGUAUUAUUGUGUUUUAGUUUUUUACUUCAAAAUUUAAUCGCUGUUAACCUCAAGUAUCUCUUUUCCCCGCUGAUUCCUUCAUCACAAUGAUUCCUCUCACUUUGCACCCCGGCACCCCGAAUCAUCCAAUCUUUCGUUUUCCCUUCCUGCAAUAGCCUAAAAUCAAUGUAAUGCAAUGUAAAGUUUAGUUUAAGUUAAUCAUUUUUCGAGAUAUUGUAUUUUCAGCCAUGCGAGGAGCGCAAAUUUGAAGAAAAUCACGUUUGUUGUGCGGAAUUAUCAUGUAAUUAAAGAAAGGACACGUAUUUCAUUUAAA